UGGGAGGGGGGAGGGGGGUGCAGCUUUAUCCGUGACGAUGCAGUCUCUGGCUGUGGGCGAGGGCUGCAGCAGCACAGAGUCCAGUGAGCCCUCAGACUCGGUGGUCCAGGUGUGUUUCCCCAGUGCGCAGGCCUCCAUUCUGGACAGCCUGAACAGGCAGAGAGAGGACGGACAGCUGUGUGACCUCUCCAUCCAGGUCCAGGGACAGGUGUUCAAAGCCCACCGCUGUGUCCUGGCCGCCUCCUCGCCCUAUUUCCAUGACCAGGUUCUACUGAAGAACAUGUCCACCGUGUCCAUCCCAGCCGUGAUGGACCCACUGGCAUUUGAGAGCGUGCUCAGCUGCGCCUACACUGGCCAGCUCCGCAUGCUGCGCGACGACAUCGUCAACUAUCUCACUGUGGGCAGUGUGCUGCAGAUGUGGCACAUUGUGGACAAGUGCACCGAGCUGCUCAAAGAAGGGCGAGCCAUGGCCGGGAGUGGGUCUGGAUCUAGGGGCGGGGGUGAGAUACAGGAAGGGGGCGGUGUUAGCAGGGGGAGGGGCGGGGCUAACCCCAGUUGGCCCAAUGAUGCUCAAAGCAGCACUCAGCCACCCAGCCGCCUGUCUGUGAGUGAGAGCCAGUCUCCCAGUAGCACCAACUACUUCAGCCCACGGGAUGGGAGUGGCUUCGGAGGAGGAGGGGCGGCCUUGGCCGGGACCUCGGGGGAGGAGGGAGGAGCCAACAACACCCCUGGCUACUGCACCCCAUCUGGAGGGGAGGAGGCCUUCCUUAUCGAGGAGGAAGAGGAGGAAGUAGAGGAGGAAGAGGAGGAGGUUUUGUACCACCAGAGGAAGAGGAGGAGAGGAGGAGGGAGUGGGAAGAGGAAGAAGAUGAGCUCGACAUCAGAGCAGGAGGUUGGGGUGAGCGACAGCUUUGGCGUGUCGUCCUAUCAGGAUGGCGAGGACUCAGCCCUCCCGCCUCCGAAGCGGCCAACCUACAGCCAGCCCAGUAUCAUGCCCCGUAAACAGUGGGUGGUGGUAAAAACAGAACGCUCUGAGGACGACGACCUCAUCGUGGUGUCUGGAGAGGAAGGUGGUGGGGAGGAGGCAGAGGAGGAAGAGGAGGAGAGGGAGUUGGAGAUGGAGAGGGAGAGGGAAAGGGCCGACUUCGGUAUCUCAAAUGUCAGGAGCCUGUCCGGGGAGCUGGGAGAGCGGGCCGGGGUCGACGUGGAUGCUCAGGGUGACUACUGCCAGUCUUCAGAGGACUACCUCAAGUUUGAAACCAGUCUUAUGGACCAGACCUUAGCCCAGCACCUUCACGACAGCACCACAGGUCAGGGCCAGAGCACCAACCGGGCCGUGUCAGCCCUGCUAGGCCAAGUCCAGUCUGCCACUGCGGCCCGGGCCCAGCUCUUCCCACUGGACAUGCAGGGGAACCAGAUCCUCCUGUACAGCCAAGCCUCUGGACUCCCCCUGGACCCCAGCCUGCCUGCGCUGGGGAUGGGAGGUGGCAUGGUUGGGAGUGCUUCCUUUAAAGGAUCUCCGCUGGAGCAUGGAGCAGUCCACUUGUCGGGACAGGGGGGGAGCUUAGGUGUGGAUGGAAUUGACAGUGGGGGGAUCAGUGGAGGUGGUCUGGGUGCCAGUAGUUCUGGAAAAGUGUUCAUGUGCCACUGCGGCAAGACGUUCACCCACAAGAGCAUGAGGGAUCGCCACAUCAAUAUGCACCUGGACCUGCGUCCCUUCCACUGCCCUGUGUGCUCCAAAAAGUUCAAGAUGAAGCACCACCUGACGGAGCACAUGAAAACCCACACGGGUCUCAAACCCUACAACUGCCUGGGCUGCGGCAGGAAGUUCAUGUGGCGCGACAGCUUUAUGAGGCAUCGCUCACACUGUGAGAGGCGCAGUGGGCUGGGCGAGGCAGGGGGGAGGGGUGGGGGCAGCGGAGGGGGAGGAGGAGGAGAAGAGGGGUUGGACAUGAUCUCCUCCCCCCCUCAUCUCCUCCUCUCACCAGGUGAGGCGGGUCAGGCCGGGGCUUUGGGCAGCGGGAGAGCUGCAAUGUCAGUGCUUUCUCCACACCACUCCAGUUCUGUUGUUCCACCACAGCAACCCACCGUUUCAGCUGGCGCAAACAGUGGUGUUGUUUCCCAGAGCAUAGGUCAAGGGUCGGGGAUGUUCGGCAGUAUGGGGAUAACUCGCAAUGUGGGUGAGGAGGACUUGUGUGAGGUCAACGUCAAUGACAGCAGCGUAACUUAA